AUGUUGCCUUUCUCUGCGCUCAUCCUUACAAGUUUAUUGGCUUAUUUUGUUACUGAAACCAACGCCUAUCAAGAACCUCCUAAAGGUCUUCAGUUUCUUGGCGUCGGCUACAAUCUUCUUGAAGGAAACCCCGAUGGCGGUGAUCUGUCCAAUGGAGGUAUUGAUCCAGGAUUGCUCUUUACAAGGAAAGUGUUUAAACUAUCCUACGACACAAACAAAGUGUCUGUAGGCAGGCAGUAUCUGAUUCCAGAUCAGGUCAGCUUUGCGCCAAGGUCUUCUUGCGUUACUACGACAAAGAACGAGGUUUUCUCCGGGUCUAAAAGCUAUCAGAACAAACUUACUGUUGAUGUAUCCGCUAAUGGUGGUUAUGACGCAGGGUUAUGGAAUGUGGCUUUCACUUUGAGUUCAAACUUUGAGAAAAUGACUAAAGAGACAUCCACCUACAAAAAUGUGUUUUAUGAAGAGAAGAAGGUCUGCAAUCGUGGUCGUGCUCGUUAUCAGUUAGAUUUGGCCCCAAUUAAGAAAUUCCCAGUGUCUGAGGACUUUGCUGCUGCUGUUUGUGGUCUACCUGAUGAUUACUCCGAACGAACCUACUUCAACUUUAUUGAAAGAUGGGGAACUCACAUUGUAGUUGAAGUUGAGUUGGGAGAGAAAGUCAUCGAGCGCUCAAAAGAAAGCCAGACAGAAUUUAUAAAACACGCCAUCCAAAAUAUUAAGGGAUCUGUGUCACCCUCUGGUUCUUUUGCUGGCUUCUCCGGGUCACUCACAGUUAACAUGGACAAAUUCCGAGAACAGAUGACACAAGAGGAUAAAUUUGGAAAACACAAAAUUGUUCUUACAUCUGGAGGCAUGGACAUGCCUGAGCCAAUCGGAUUGAAGCUUGUUCCUGUGUACGAGGCCCUGAACAAAAACUUUUACCAGUUGUCGGGUGCAGGAUCUGGGUCUCCAUGCAAACAUACGGAAUCUCUUCUGAGAUCUAGAAAGGAUAAUUUGGUUCAAAUCCUGAAGGAAUAUCCACGGCUGAAGGGUACCAAUGUACCAAUUGAUCCACCUGUAGUUAUACCGCUUACCUGGCCCCAGGGAACAUAUGGCCUUCCCAUGACCACCCACGGCUGUCCUAAAGCAGCUGGUUUUACAUGGCAUCAUGGGUAUCGUUAUCAUGAAAACGAGAUCGGUAACAGCUGGUCUUAUCCCUACCACUUGGCGGGAAAAAAAAGUAUUUGGACAAAUCAGCAGGCCUUUUGUAUCAAAACCAAGGAUCAAGGCACAAAAUAUGACCUUACUUGGUCACCAGGACAAUAUUGUCUCUUCAAGAAAGGAGACUGUCCCGAAGGUUUCAAAACAGGUUUCAUUCGCUGGGACGAUGAAAAUAGCGAUAACAACAACAAUUAUAGGGGAGCUAUGCCGGAUGGAAAGUUUACCAAAAACACGCUAAUUGAGUACUGCUGCCGCACGGAUGGGCACGCCGAAAACGAAAUCAUCCUGCCCACAGACACGCCGUUCGUGUUGUUCAAAUCGAACUCUCAUCAGUGUCAGCAUGUACAAGGAAUGCGCUGGAAGGAAGAAUGGUUCCAUUGGGAUACCGAGGACUGGUCUUUCUCUGGAAACGAAAAAAUGGGAUCUGUUCCGUAUGGGGAGGUCGGAAGAAAUAUUAAGUUGUAUUAUUGUUAUUAUUACCGGUAA